AUGGUCUACCUGGCAAAGCGCUGUUAUUUCCAAAAAAGGCAAUUCGAGAAGUUGGAAUCAUUUCGUGAGAUUGUCUCGGAAGGCCGCGCGGUUGUUGAAGACGUGGCGAGAGGCGCCGGUAUCAUGGUAAAUGUUAUCGAUGUCACCUUCCUCUUCCUCAUCAACUUCCAUUGGACCAACCAUGAACGCGAAGCUCGCUCCAAUCGUCUCAUUGCAGACAGCCUCCAAGAUUUCUUCUUCACUGUCUUCACUUGGCGCCUCGAGGCUGCCACGCGUUCAGCCGGCGGAAGCAAAACAAUCAGCUUGGCAGUGCCCAAUCGGUGUCGCGCAUUCGAUAUUUUCACAAAACAAGCGCUCCCUAUCACGGUGGGACACAUUGUUUGGAGGAUUGGCUGCGUUGCGUCGAUCAUAUGGCACGGGUCGUUUGUCAUUGCGUUGCAACUGCUCCUGAAUCGGCUUCACUGGGUGACGGCAGUCAACGUGUUCGUCGUCAUUGGUGACAUAAAGCUUAGCCAUUGGAACGGCGUCGACAAUCACGGAGAGCGCCUUCUUGUCUUGUGCCAGCCAGGCUUCAGCGGCUUUCUUGGCGACAUUGACUGCUACUUCAUUCCCUUGGGUUGUGAUAGUGGUCAUUAUGCCGGAGGAUUGUACUCGUCUCCAUCAAUCAUAGUUGUUAGAGCCGUCAGCGUUUUCGACGAUAGACAGAUGUUGAUACGGAUAAGCCGUGGUAUUGAGUGUCGAUUGGGUGUUGUGGAGGCAGGCAAGCUGAGGUUACUGAGAGCGAUUGAUCCAAGAUUGAUCUCCUACGAACCUGCAUUGCUGCCAAGAAAGAAUAAUUUAGAAAGACCCGUCGAUUCGACCCAAUCGGUGGAGGGAUUGCGUGCCAGAGAGAAUUCCGCGGUAAGCCACGCAGUGUAUAUUCUGGGUGAACAUGUCUAUCAACAGCACAAGCCAUUAGUUAUGGGCCGGGCCGACCGCAUCCGGGCUAAGCGUAAACCGCAUAAACGCGACGGGCCCGGGCACGUGUAUGUGCACCGCGUGCAUAUGGGUGGGGGGAUGCCGACGAUGGUCAAAAUCGGCCAUUCGGUGGACGCGACGCGCAGGCUGGCUCAGCAUCGUCGCCAAUGCCGCGGCGUCCGAUUCAUCCGACUACUGGUCUACUGGACACAAUUGCGUAUUCACGCGGAACGAGUAUUACACGACUAUUUCGACCACAAACAAAACGCGUGGAUACCUCGGGUGAAGUGCACGGGGUGCCCCUGCACCCACACCGAACUAUUCAACGCUGGGAUAUGUGGAAGUAAAAGGAAGCUGGCGAAGGGCAUCAAGCGGGCCGCGCGCAAGGCGGGAAUUAUGUUAUGGAAAUUAUGA